GUCGGCAAGAAUGACAAGCAUCACGACACCGCUCGUCAUCUGCUCCGCUUUCCCAGUGCCGUGUCCGAAUUGUUGACUGAGUGGAUUCAUACGCACCAGACUAACCCAUAUCCGGAUGCCGUAGAGAAGGUCGCCUUGCAAGAAGUCACAGGCUUGAACGCGCGGCAACUCAAUACUUGGUUUGCGAAUUAUCGUCGGAGGAAGCAAGCUAGUCGCCCAACCCAGGAUGCGCCAAAUUCUACAUCCCGACUCACGACUGGCUUAGUAUACGGCAGGUUGGACGCAGAAGCUGAUAACGCCAGUCUUGCUGAGAAAGGUGCAUCUCUAUCAUCGCAGCAGAGGAGAUUCCAAUGCACUUUCUGCACCGACACAUUCGCCACAAAAUACGACUGGACCAGACACGAAAUCUCCCUCCAUCUGCCGCUGAAACGCUACAUCUGUUGCCCUAUCUCUGCUGUGCAGCAAUGUCCAAGUACCGGAAAACAGAUCUGUGCAUAUUGCGGCCUUGCAUUCCCCACCUCAGAACACACUGCUUCUCAUAACCACCAAUACUGUCAAUCGAGGGAACCUGACGCUAGAAUUUUCCUCCGCAAAGAUCAUCUUCGUCAGCAUCUGCGCUCUGUACACGAGUGCGAUAUACUUCCUCACAUGGAUCACUGGCUUUUGGAGGCCGUGUGGGUCAAUAGCCGAUGUGGUUUCUGCGGGCAGCGCUUUACGGUGUGGAGUGAGAGGAAUGAACACAUCGCAGAUCACUUCAAAAGUGGUUACGACAUGAGCAUGUGGAAAGGAUGUAGAGGGCUUGAUUGUGCGGUUUCCGCCCAAGUCAAUGCAGCCAUGCCGCCAUUUCUCAUUGGCUUGGAACGACUACGCCCAUUUCCAUUUAGUGCAUCCGAUGCAAAGCGUCGAGGUUUACCUCUGAACAGAUCAUGGGAGUUUCUUGUUGCGGGACUGCAUCGUUUGAUAAAGCAAAGAGUGAUGCAAAACCGUCCUGUGUCGGACCAAGAACUGCAAUCCGAAGCUCGACUUCUCACCUACGGAUCCACAAGCACCAAUCACAACACCGCAGCCAACAACUCCGAAUGGCUCGACCUCUUCAAAAAAGCAUACAGUCUCGAUAUCCUGACAUCUCUCACCGAAACCUCCGCAUCUCAAACAGCCGCAGACCUCGAAGUCUACCAUGACCUU